GGAAGUUUCAUGAUACAUUGCAAGCUCACUCACCUCUUUUAAAUCAUGCAAGAUGGGUACCACAAACUGAGAGUGAAGUCAACUCCCCACAAAUGGAGGAAGAUGGUCAUGAAGUCGAUUCCCCACAAGUUGAUAGUGACACAAGUGAUUCUCAACAGGACGAGAACAUUGAUUAUUCACCUUCUCAUGGUACAUUCGAUACCCGAACUCAAUCUAGAACCUUGGGUGAAACUAAAAAAAGGCGAUUGAACAAGGGAAAGUUCAUUUUUGAAGUUGAUGAAUAUGACAAGCGUAUAGUUGGUGAUGACAGCCAAAGAUUCAUCACUAAGGGAAAAUUCAACUUACGAUCCCAAUUGUCCGUUGAUGGUACAUGCAAUACACUCACAGCUAGCAAACCAACAUAGAAGCAAAUAGUAUAGGUUGCAUUGUUAUUACAAAAAAUUCUCUACACAAGAGGAUGCAACCAGGCACCCCCCCUGCAGGUAUUGAAGGUGCUGAUUGGGAAUUACUCUGCAAAAAGUUUGCUAGCGCAGAAUUUCAGAAAGUUAGUGCUAAAAAUAGGACAAACAGCUUAAAGAAUGAAGUUCCACCUGCUGUUGGGACAGUUUCCAUUGCAAGGAUCGUUGAUAUG